CGUGACUCGUAUGAAAUGGGCGUGGUCUACCAUAACACCACCCUCUUUGUCUUCCAUUCUGUCCGCACACGCUGUUUAGCUAGAGCACGGGUACAAGCGCCGCCCUGGAUCUGUACUAUCCUCUCAUAACUCAUUGGGGAUCGGGAAAAGGUUGAAGAAAACAUGGUGAACCAAAGAGCUGACAUAGGUUGGCAGUCCUCUAAGAGCGACUCUAGCGGGGCCAGUAACAGUGGAGAGAGCUCCAAAGAGAGCUCCAGGUGCUCGACCCCUGUACUGGACGCCGACCGCACUGACCGGCUGCGGGACAAGAUGAAGCGGCGGAUCGAGUCUGGGGACCACUGGUUCUCUCUAGAGUUCUUCCCACCUCGCACAACAUCUGGAGCAGUCAAUCUUAUCUCUAGAUUUGACCGAAUGGGUUCUGGAGGUCCUCUCUUCAUUGACAUCACUUGGCAUCCCGCUGGAGAUCCAGGCUCAGAUAAAGAAACAUCUUCCAUGAUGAUAGCAAGCACAGCAGUCAAUUAUUGCGGCCUGGAGAGUGUCCUGCAUUUGACAUGCUGCAAUCAGACGAAGGAGAAAAUAACAGCCCAUUUAAAUAAAGCCAAGCGGCUAGGCCUAAAGAAUAUCAUGGCCCUGAGAGGAGAUCCUAUUGGGGAAGAUUGGGUGGAGGAAGAUGGAGGUUUCAACUAUGCUACAGACCUGGUCAAGCACAUUCGCUGUGAAUUCGAUGACUAUUUUGAUAUCUGUGUUGCAGGUUACCCCUCGGGUCACCCAGAGGCUGAGAGCUAUGAAGAUGACCUCAGGCACCUGAAAGAGAAGGUUGAUGCUGGUGCACACUUCAUCGUCACCCAGCUGUUUUUCAGGGCAGAAACCUUCCUUAAAUUUGUCAAAGACUGUCGGGACAUUGGCAUCAUCUGCCCCAUUCUCCCAGGAAUCUUCCCCAUCCAGGGGUAUCACUCACUCCGUCAGCUGGUCAAACUCUCCAAACUUGAAGUGCCAGAAGAGAUCAAGCAGGUGAUUGAGCCCAUUAAAGAUAAUGAUGCCGCCAUUCGGAACUAUGGGAUCCAGCAGGCGGUGGAGAUGUGUAAGGUUCUACUGGCCAGUGGAGAGGUCCCGGGCUUGCACUUUUACACGCUCAACAGAGAGGUGGCCACCAUGGAAGUGCUCAGACAGCUGGGCUUAUGGGCAGAGGAUCCACGUCGACCCCUGCCCUGGGCCAUCAGCGCCCAUCCAAAGCGUAAGGAAGAAGACGUCAGGCCAAUAUUCUGGGCUUCCCGACCCAAAAGCUACAUCUACAGAACACAGGACUGGGAUGAUUUCCCCAACGGAAGAUGGGGUAACUCCUCCUCACCAGCCUUUGGUGAGCUGACAGACUACUACCUAUUCUACUUGAAGAGUAAGUCUCCUAAAGAGGCCCUGCUGCAGAUGUGGGGUGAGGAACUUAUGAGCGAGGCGAGUGUUUAUGAAGUCUUUACCAACUACAUCACGGGGGAAACCAAUCGCAAUGGACACAAGGUCAUCUGUCUGCCAUGGAACGAUGACCCUCUGGCUCCAGAGACCAACCUGUUGAAGGAUGAGUUGGAGAAGGUGAACCGCAGGGGUGUUCUCACCAUUAACUCUCAACCCAACAUUAACGGCAAACCCUCAUCCGACCCCAUUGUGGGCUGGGGCCCUGCAGGGGGAUACGUCUUUCAAAAGGCAUAUUUGGAGUUUUUCACAUCAAGUGAAAAUGUCACUGCACUUCUGCAAGUGCUAAAGAAAUAUGAACCUCGUGUGAACUACCAUAUAGUCAACGUUCAGGGUAGGAAUAUCACAAAUGCCCCUGACAUGCAGCCCAACGCUGUGACAUGGGGAAUUUUCCCAGGCAGAGAGAUCGUUCAGCCCACCGUGGUGGAUCCAGUCAGCUUUAUGUACUGGAAGGACGAGGCUUUCGCGCUGUGGAUUGAACAGUGGGCAAAGCUGUACGAGGACGAAUCGCCCUCACGUAUGAUCAUUCAGUACAUCCACGACAACUACUUCCUCGUCAACCUUGUGGACAACGACUUCCCGCUCGACAGCUGCCUGUGGCAAGUGAUUGAAGACAUGUUUGUGCUCCUGGACUCUCCUCAAGUAACUCAGGAUGAGGGAAGUGAAUUGUAGCAUCACUAAAAAAGUCUGCAUGCGCUGCUAUUUGAUCCAGAGACCUCUCAAUGCACACACAGAGUACUUUACUGUAAUGACAGUAUUUUUAGUCAUUUACAGAGCUGAAUUUGUCAUCACAGUCAAUAUAUAGGGAAAAAUUAUGCCAAAUGUAGCACUACACAAGAUGAUUUGCCUUAAUCUUUAAAUGGACUUGAGUUGGCUGUUUUGAGUGCCAUUUUCUUAUAUUUUUAACCUAGGUUUUUAACUAUUUAUUUUGGUGUUUUGGAUACUGCAUAUGUUCAAUAUAUGAUUGUAAAGGCAAGGAACUCUUGUAAGUCAGGUCAAAUGUGUGGACACAAAUACAGUAUUUGGCUACUGUAUUUCACUUAGACUUUAUAGGUGGAUCCUAUGUCAAAAAGGUUAUUUUCCUGCUAAAUUCAAGAGAAAAAAAUAAGUAAUUUUUGUUUGAAGGGUUUGUUCACCUAAAAAUUCCAACCAUAAGACUUUUGUUUAUCUUUAGAAUACAAAUUAAAAUAUUUUUAAAUAUUUUUGCCCAUCCAUUAAAAGUCCAAGCAACCAAAAUUUUCAAGCUUUUUUUAAGUAAUUCAUAAGGAUCCAGUUGUGUAAUCCAAAACUUCUGAAGAGUUACAAUAACUUUAUAUUAAAGAUUUGAUCAACAAGCAUACACUGAGCACAUCAAAUAUGGUCAACAGAAGCUCAAAUGUGCAUGUUUAAUGCAUGAGAACCAGUGAAGUUUGUUCUCGUGCAUCAAGCAAGUAUGGUCAUCGACCAGAUGUGGUAUAUGUAUAUGCAUUGAUCAAUGUUUUUAUCUGAAGAGAAGUUAAAUCUGUUCAUAAUAUAAAGCGAUCAUGCCUCUUCAUAAGACUUAUAUUAAAAUUUUGAUGUCUUUAUGUAGAGUACUUUUUUAAGAUUUGUUGUAAAAACAUCCAAUGGAUGGACAAAAAUGAUGAGAGUAUAUUAAAAAAUUUGUUGAUAAAUGAAAGUCAUGGGUUUGGAAUGACAUAAAUGCUGAUCAUUCAUUUUUUGGGUGAACUAUCCCUUUAAAGAUUUUGAAGAGUUUUUUUUUUUUUCCCAUGACAGUUAAGAACAUUUUCACUCUAAAUAUUCAUUACUGUAUUGCAACUGGAUGUUAUACUUUUGAUGUUCAUUACUGUAGUAAAAAACAAAACAAAAAAACAACUACUAUCAUGAUAUAUAAAUAAUUUACAAUUGAAUUUGUAUAGAAUUUUUGCCAUAUUACGACAAUAAAAAUUGGGAGUGAACAUGUUAAAUUGUACACAUGACAUGCGGACAAAAAUAUAUAUCGUGGCCAUUAAUUGACAAUUCGUUCCCACGACUUACUAAUGUAUCAGCAUGUUUUACUAAUUCAUUCCCUCAUUUUAAGUAAAUUGUCUGCACGUUAUAAUAAUCUGUUUCCUCAUUUUAUUAAGUUUUCGAAAUGAGGGGACGAAUUAGUACAAUGCGGCCUCAAUUUACUAAAACAAGGGAACAAAUUAUUAUAUCAGGUGCUCAUUUUAGUAAAACGAGGGAACGAAUUAUAUCGUAUGCACAAUUUACUUAAAAUGAGGGAACAAAUUAGUAAAUCGUGGCCAAGUUUUACUAAAAUGAGAGAAAUGAAUUCUUAAUUCAUGGCCAUGAUAUAUAGGCCUAUAUUUUUGUCAUGUCAUGUGCGGGGAUCCUUAUAAUUGUAAUGAAAAUAAUGGGGAAAAAAUGUAAAAUAAAUAAUCAUUCUAAAUCCAGACAGGUUUAUGAGAUUCCCUCAUAAAGUCAUCUACUGUCAUGUGUGAAGUAAUACUAGUGGAGUUAUUGGUCUGUGACAGUAGUGAUUUGAGAAUCACUUUUGAAUCUUUGUUUUCCCUAUUUGGCCUUCUUUUUUUUUAACCAUUUGAGAAGUAUGAUCAUUUCUGUGCUGCCAAAAGAAAACUCAAUAAACUUGCGCUCCUCCCCCUGUGCAAACUUGUCCAAG